AUGGAACGAACAAAAGAAGCUAUUGAUGAAAAUACUAUUGAGAGAGUCAUCAACAGUCAUGAAGAAGAAAAUUAUAACGAAAAGAGUGUGGCCCAUUCAAGGAACAUAUCAGGAUUCGGGCUGAAAGAAAACGAUGAAAUGGGUAGUAGAGAGUUCAAAGUUGACAAUAACGUGUGCCUUAAGACUGCAGUUGACCAGGAUUUAAUGAAUUGAGAUUUAGCGAAAGCUGAAAGGAAGGAAAUGACUUCAUCAGAACAUACAAGUUCAGAUUCUAAGUAAAUAUGUUCCAUGAACAGAUAAUCCUUGGAAUUUUAAGAGGUACGAAUUUUAUGAAGGAAAGAGCAAAUUCUGGUGCAAAGGACUCUUUAUGACAGGACCAAGACCUCUUGCAAUAUUGAUGACACUUUGUUUUACAAAUUUGUCUCCUGCUAUUUAUUAUAUCUUCGUAGUUCCAAGGAUUGAUGAUCUAUUUUCGUUACUGGGUACUAUACUUGUGUCUGUCAUUUUACACCUUGUAUGGCUUUAUUACAUGCUUAAGACUGCUACUUCUAACCCAGGUAUUAUUCAUAAGAUGGAACAGCAUACUAGUCAUGUGUGUACAAUUACUGAGCUCAGACCUCAGACUUAUAAGUUCAGAAUGAGGUAUAUGAGCUCAUUAAUAAAACAAUAUCACUGCCAUGUGUGAGUCCUUGUAGCGCCUCCUCGGACUCAUCACUGACAUUAUUGUGGAAACUGUGUUGAGCUCUUUGAUCAUCACUGCCCUUGGUUGAGUUGUUGUGUAGGUAAACGGAACUACACCUACUUCUUGGUCUUUAUAUCCACUCUUUCGACCAUGUUUAUUUUUAGCCUGGCUGUAAGUGUACUAGUGAUGCUAAAUUCUGGAGAUUUUUCUGAGAAUAUUCCAUGCAUAAUAGUGAUAAUCUACAAUAUCUUAGUGGGAGCUUUUCCAGUUGGCCUGACCAUCUACCACUACUUCUUAGUAACUAGUGGAGAAACCACUUACGAGAAUCUGAAGAGACUAUAUAAGAAAGAGCAGAGUCCGUUUAAGAAGAGUCUGAUCCAUAAUCUAAGAACCAGACUAUGAAACACCAUGAGUCCCAAUGAUAUGAGAGAGAAGUAUAACAUGUUUGACCACAAAAUGUUACAGAAGACGCCAGCAAUGAUGGCUCUUGAGAGACUUCGGAAGAUGAACCGUUAUAAAAUAACUACAGACAAGGACAAAGACACUAUCAGGCAGAUAGAUGAGGAGGAAGAGACUCCGAAUAAUUCUGAAUCUAAAUAAGCUCUAUUUUCAUAUAAGAUGCUGACAUAUUUAAGCCUUUCUGUUU